AUGAUACGGUCGGAAAUUUCCUGCGACAGUAACCAUUUAGUUCUUGGAGAGGAAUCUGGUUUUGGUUUACUCUCACUUAAUCUACCUAGUACCACUCUAAGUAAAAAUCAUCAAGAUCAUUCUCCUCGUCCUUCCAUUAAAUCCUUUGGAAGUGAAAUUCGUUGUUCAAUAGAUGAAUUAGAUGCUGUCAUUGCUACCUAUGAUGUUAAUAAUAAUGAUGAUAUUGAAUCUAAGAAACAACAAUUAUUAACUUCUUCUUCAUUAACUAAUAUUCCUUCUAUUAAUACUUCAGUAGAUUAUUUCAAUUAUUCAACGUUUACAAAUUCUCCAUCAUUAUCAAAUCAAUUAUCUUCAUUAAAUAGAACAACAAUAACAAAUAUGAAUUAUGUAACAUCUAUUACACAUAAUAGUAAUGUAAAUGAUUAUCAUCAUAAUAAUAUUAAUGAUAUAAAUGAAAUAAGAAAAUAUUAUUAUGGAGAUCAAAUACAAAUAAAUAGUCAGUAUGAUCAAUUAGAUGUCAACUCUUCUUCGUAUCCAACAACAACAUCAUCAUCAUCAUCGUCAUGUACUUUCACAAAUUAUUGUAAUCAAAUCGAACCUUCAUUUCCAUUGCCUCCACCUGAUGCAUUUGCUUCAGAGGAUUUCCCACUUCCACCAUCACCACCACCACCACCACUGCCGCCUCUACUAUCAACACCAACAUCCGAGGCAACAACAGGCUCAGCCAAACCAGUAACAUUGUUAACAAGUCACUUCUCAUCAACAACAUUUCCACCUUGUACUACCAAUUCGACGUUAACAACAUUGAAUGGUGGUAAACGUCUACAGAGCUUUCCUUCUACUAAUGGGUAUUCACAGUGUCAGCCGUUUGAUCCUAAAUGUCAUGUAGAAUCAACCAUCAACUCAUAUAAUACAAAUAAUGGACAUCAUACACAACAGUUUCAUCAUAAUAUACCUACAACAAAUUCACGAAAACCAUCAAUUCCUCAAAGAGCUCCAUCCACUCGAUUAACAAGUUUACCGAGUUGGCCUAAACAUCAUGACAUGGAGACAUCUACUUCUGACACUAUGAUAACAUCUAAUGCUAUGGUCACUGGAAAUAAUGGAAUAGAUCAUUCGAAAACGAAACAUUCAGUAGAGUCAUCAAAAGAGAAUAACAAUAAUAAUACUCACUCAAUUGAAUGUACCACAUUACCAGUACAAGAUAUAAUACGUAAAUUUGGCAGUCUACUUAUGAGUAAUGCAAAAAUAUCAAAUCAAUGCAACACAACUUCUAAUGUACAAAGUACUUUAUCAUCUACAAUACGACCAAAUUCAAUCAAUGAUUGUAUACCUCAUAACAACAAUACUAAUAAUGUAAACAAAUCAAUUAAUCACAAGUACAAUCAACCAACACUAUCUACUAAUUCACAAUAUUCACCUAUCAUUACUGGUCUAGCUACAUCAACUGCUCUCGCAUCACAAAAUAAUGCAACACAAGAAGUUGUCAUGUCAACUACAUCAUCAUCAUCACCAUUGUUAAAUAGAAAUAUAAAUCAAAGUAGUUCAUCCGAUAUGAAUCAUUCCUAUCAAAUGAUGAAUAUUCCAUCGGGGAAAUUAUCAAAACGGAAUGUCUGUGCAAACAAUAAUAUAUCAUCUACUUUACCUUAUCCAUUCUCGUCUAAUUCUACCAAUGUUACCAUUAGUACUACCACUACUAAUACUAUAACUACUAUGUCCAAUCAUCAUAAAUCGUUUAUUGAUUCAUUAUAUGUUAAUGGAAAGUUUCAAAAUGAUAAAUGUUCUAUAUCGACUAAUUCAUCCUAUCAAUGUACUACAUCGACAGUUCUUCCAGAGGAGUAUUAUCAAACAAAUUCAUCAUGUACAACAUUUAAUUCUGGUAAUAGAAAUAUACCUAAUGGAUUAUCAAAACUACAAAAUCGUGUUCAUUCUUCACAUUGUACUAUUAAUAAUGAUAUAAACAAUUCCACAAAUCAUUAUAUUCACAGUCAACAAUCACAACAUCAUCAACAGUUGAAUUCACAUGUUGUUCAUCAACUUAAUAGUACAACAUCGUUACAACCUCGUUCAUCUUCUGAUUGUCCAUCGAAUUCAUCUUUUAUUCAUGUACAAUCAAUGAAUUUGGAUCCACAAACAUUGACCAUAUUUAAUCAAUUCAAUAUUGUUGAUGCCAAUCAAAUACCAGGUUAUCAUCCUAUUUCAUCGAAUCUGCCUGAUUGGAAAAUUCAUCGAUUAGAAAGAAAAAAUCGUGAUGCAGCUAAUAUUUAUGCAGAUGAAUUAAAGAAAUGGGGUCUUGUACCACAUUGGAAACGUGAAUUAAUUGAAAAGAAACAAUUGAAUAAAAUGGAAACAAAUCCUCAUCAAUCACAACAUUACAAUAAUGAUACAUCAUUAACAACAACAACAACAACAACAAAUGAAUUAGCUGAAAAACUUCAACGUCGUUUAGAUAAAGUUACUAAAGCAACGAUUGAAUAAUUUCAUCAUUGAAUUCUGUGUUAAUGACGUAACCAAGGUUUCUUGUUAUGAU